AUGGAAGGCACGACCGCUUUGAGCGUCGGUGAAUUUAUCUUAACAAAUCGAAAUAUGAAAAUUCCACGAAAGGGCAACAUUUAUAGUGUCAAUGAAGGAUAUGCAUCGAAAUGGUCGAAAGGUAUUCAGGAGUACGUGCACUCCCGGAAAUUUCCUCCGGAUGAUCGGGAGCCAAUGAAUUCACGCUACGUUGGUUCGAUGGUCUCUGAUGUGCAUCGUACAUUGCUGUACGGUGGCAUUUUCAUGUAUCCUGCAACGAAGGACAAACCAAAAGGAAAGGUUAAUCUUUCUGAACUCUUCUCUUCGAGCAUCCCCGGACCUGGGAGGAAGUAA